CGCGAUACGCGCCCACCUCCCUCGCUCCUGGCAUGGAGCUUGCGUAGAUGGUGCGGCGAAGCCGUUCGCUUAGUGCGUGCGUAUUGCCCUCUGUGAAGCCCCGAAGCCCGCCGCUUGUGCCUGAACUACCCGAAGUUCCCUCUGAGCAUGCGCACAGCUGAGGGGGGCUCGCUGAGGCGCGCGGGUGCGCGUGCGCUGCUGAUGGUUGAGCGGUUCUGCGAGGUCAGCCCUGAGGAGGGGCUGCGGCGUGGACCCCGCCCCUCCUGAGCCGACAUCGACCUGAGGAGAGAUCCGGGCGGGAGGGACGGGCGAGGAGAGAGCUAAACACGAGGUGAAUUAGAAUGUCAAUAGUUGCAGUCCAGCUUGGCCAGUGUGGUAACCAAAUUGGUCAUGAGGUGUUUAACACCAUCUGUGCCGAUGUCCGUGGCACACACGGGUUGUGUUCCAAGAAGGAGAAUGAAGCCUACCACGAUGCUUGUACAGAACGGUUUUUCAGCGAGGCAGAGUCUGGAGUACCUGUUGCCCGGGCUGUGCUUGUUGACAUGGAACCUAAAGUAAUCAGCCAAACUUUAUCGAUAGCUGCCCGGUCUGGCCACUGGAAAUACGAUGAUCAGUCGCACUUCUGUCAGAAGCAAGGGUCUGGGAACAACUGGGCAAAUGGUUACUCUGUUCACGGGCCUAGAAACAAAGAAGUAAUCAUGAAUCUAGUGCAAAAAGAAGUAGAGAAGUGUGACCGACUCAGUGGAUUUUUCACAAUAAUGAGCAUGGCUGGUGGUACAGGUUCUGGCCUAGGAGCAUUUGUGACUCAGUGUUUAAGAGAUGCUUUUCCAAGCUCGUUUAUACUAAACCACGUUAUCUGGCCCUAUGGCACUGGUGAGGUCAUUGUUCAAAACUACAACUCUGUUUUGACUCUGUCACAUCUGUAUCAGUCAUCAGAUGCUCUUCUUGUUCAUGAAAAUGAUGUCAUCCACAAGAUCUGUGCUCAGCUGAUGCAUAUUAAACAGAUCUCCUUCAGGGAUGUAAAUCAAGUCAUUGCACAUCAACUGGGGAGUGUUUUCCAGCCUGCUCACACAGCAGAAGCUGGCUUACACUACAGCAGAAACCCUUUAGGAGACUUAAUGGAAACUUUAGUUCCACAUCCUGAAUUCAAGAUGUUGGGUCUCCGUAACAUACCUCAGAUGCCUGAAAACUGCCUUGCAUAUAGCACGUUCAGUUGGCCUGGACUCCUCAAACAUCUGAGGCAAAUGCUUAUUGCUAAUGCUAAAAUGGAGGAAGGUAUUGAUUGGCAAGUACGGCCGCCAUGCCCAGGCUCCUCCAUCUCCUCCAGUCACUCCACAAAGAAGCUGCUGCAUUUCAAUACUUCCAUUGCCAACCUGGUCAUCCUGCGAGGAAAAGAUACACACAGUGUAGACUUAGGAAGUUUCCGAGAUCCCUCAUUAUAUACAUCAUGGCUAAAUCCUCAGGAUGCUUUUAAUGAGUGGAAAACCCCAAGAGCAUUUAAUAAGUAUGAAAAGUCUGCUUCUCUGGUUAGCAAUAGCCAGUUCCUGCUGAAACCUCUUGACAACGUUGUAGGAAAAGCUUGGAAUAUGUUUGCUUCCAAAGCCUACGUUCACCAGUACACUAAGUUUGGAAUUGAAGAGGAGGAUUUCUUGGACAGUUUCACAGCUCUGGAACAAGUUAUCUCCAGUUACACCAACCUUUGAUUUUUGAAAUGGUUUCUUCCUGAAAGAACCCAGCACUGGAAGACCUUCCAUCAACUAUCAAAUAUAUAAAUUACUGGACUACAACUAUUUGUUAAUCUUGUGAGCAAGGCAUGUAUUAGAAUCAAACUGGAUGAGAACUGAGUAUGCUUAUGUGCACAGAUAUUAUUCUUAUUUAACAGAUAUAGUAGCUGUUUUCCAAAACAGCUGAUAUCUGUUGUAGCUUAAUCUUUGAAUGUCAUUUUCAGAACUUGCAUAUUUUUAAUAAAGAAUUUCUAUACAGAAGGGCUGCUCUCUAGGCAUUCCAGCUUCUCCAGUUCCAAUUUUUCAUGCUAUCACUUUGCCCUGGAAUGCUUUAAUACUGAUAAAAACACACACUAUCAGAAUUAUUAAGCCAAACUCCAUUUGGGUAUCAUUCAAGAGACAACAGUCUGCCACAUGGUGCUUUAAAGCGAAGUAAAGCUUAAAUUCUACUUCAAGGCUUAUAGCUUUGACAAAACACUGGAAGUUCUGAACCAUCUGAGAAGAAAGAAAAACACAACAAAACACCUGUGAAUGGGGGUCUUCAUUUUCUUUGCAUCCUGCAGUUAUAUUAAAGAUCACAAUGGAUUCCAAGUUUUCCAUACACUUACAGGGAAAACCACAACUCUUGCUCUUCCUCCUGUGUUAGGAGAGCAAGCAGGUGUUCUUUUUUAAAUCUACUUUUUAGUACUUAAAGAGAUUUGGGAGGAGAAUUGCUGUUAGAUUACAGAUGGAUAACACUGUAAUCUUGUCAUGUAAUUUCAAAAUUUAAGAACCAGGCUUUUUAUUUUCCUGACAAAUGUUACAACGACCACAAGGUGGUGCCACCGUGAAGCUGCAGCCUGCAAACACAGCAGCCAGGUACAGGAGCAAAAGUGACCAAAAACCACUCAGAUUAAAAAAAAAAAAAAAAUCAGAUCAAUCUCAAGGACUUUUCCUAUGAGAAGUGGGCAAGUAUUACAGUUACAGUUUAAGCCUCAGAGCUAUUUCACUCCAGGCCACUGAGCUUUUAACUAAAAGAUGAGCAAGCAUGCAGAACAGUAAAUAUGUUAAGGACAUUUGCAACUUGGCCUGCAUAGAAGUCUUGCCCUGUUAGAAAUUCUAAUCUAGAUUUUAAAUCUGCAGUGACUUAACACAGCAGUAGAUGCAGAAAUGCUCUUGUAAU